CUUCUUCAUCCAUCCAUCCAGAGCUGACUGCUGUCCUGAGUGAAGCAGUCCCAGAGUGUGGACUCAGAGCUCCUUCAGCCUGUUUCUGAGGAGCUCUGCUUCAUUUGAGCAGCAGUUAGGACUCCUGUUGGAGAGAAAACCCUUCUGACUGUCUUUCUUCCUGCAGGGUGGACCAUGGUGGAGAGCAGAGGUUAAAACCUGGUCUGAGGAAGUAUUUCUCUCAACUUGAACUGGACACAAACUCAAUGAGCAGAAAACUCAAACUGUCCAACAACAGGAACGUGACACGUGUGGAGGAAGAGCAGCCAUAUCCUGAUCAUCCGGACAGAUUUGAAGGCUGGACUCAGCUGCUGUGUAGAAAUGAUCUGAGUGGUCGAUGUUACUGGGAGGUUGAGUGGAGCGGGAAAGUUUAUGUAUCAGUGAGUUAUAGAGGAAUAAGGAGGAGAGGAGCCAUGAAGGAGUGUGUGUUUGGAGGGAAUGAUCAGUCCUGGAGUCUGAGCUGCUCUGAUGAAGGUUACUAUGUCUGGCACAAUUACAGAGGAGUAUCCAUCUCCUCCUCCUCCUCCUCCUCCUCCUCCUCCUCCUCCUCCUCCUCUGGUAGAGUAGCAGUGUAUGUGGACUGUCCUGCUGGCUCUCUGUCCUUCUUCAGAGUCUCCUCUGACUCUCUGAUCCUCCUCUACACCUUCAACACCACAUUCUCUCAGCCUCUCUAUGCUGGAUUUAGACUCUGGUCUGGUUCUUCAGUGAGUCUGUGUCCUCUGUAUCAGGACGGUCUCUGUCUCUGACAGCAGUCCUGUCAGCACCAAUCAGAGAUCAGAGAACAUCAGUGGAGUUCAGCAGGGCUCACAGACGGAGCCUCCAACUCUUUGUAAAUAUGUGGUCACUUUAAGUUUCAGGACGUUUUCUAACCUCCUCAAGUCUUUGUCAGCAGCGAUGGAGACCAUGAGGACAGGACUCUUCUGAUCACUGUUGGACGUUUGUCUUCUGGUCCAGCCCAGCCGGUCCUGACUGGACCAGUCUGGUCUCAGCUGGACUGAUUGAAGGAGAGUCUGACUGAGAGUCUGAGUCUGUCAGUCUGCUGCCAGGCUGGAAGUGAAG